GGCAACCGCGAGGCGCUGGAAAAGCUCAUUCCCCAUCCUCACGAUGACCUGAUACUCUGUGGAGACGUGGGGGAGACGGCCGAGCACUGUCGCAUGGCCUUUACCAAGGUCAAGGAAUGCUUCAAGGACGUCUUUUGGGUUCCUGGCAACCACGAGCUCUACACGAUGCCGUCGGAGAAAGAGAAAGGCGCGAGAGGCGAGGCCAAGUACAUGCAGUGCGUAGAAAUCGCGCGCAAAUUCGGCGUCAUUACGCCCGAGGACGAGUAUACGCUGUGGGAAGGUGAGGGAGGGCCUUGCUUGAUUGCGCCCAUCUUUACGCUGUACGACUACAGCUUCCGGCCAGACGAUGUAAAGCUGGAGAACGCGCUCGCCUGGGCAAGAGAGAUGGACAUUGAAGCGACCGACGAGCAUCUGCUGCAUCCGGAUCCCUACUCGUCACGUAUCGAAUGGUGCAAUGCCCUUGUCGAUAAGACGGAGAAGAGGCUUGCCGCCGCCGUGGCUGCGCACCCAGAUACGCCACUGGUAAUUGCCGGGCACUGGCCACUGCGAGAAGACCUGGUAAGGCUGGUCAGGGUGCCGCGGUUUUCCCUCUGGUGCGGCACCAAGAGGACGGAAGAUUGGCAUAACAAGUACAAUGCAAAAGUCGUCGUUUCCGGGCACCUGCAUAUCAGGAGGACAGACUGGAGAGACAACACGCGGUUCGAGGAAGUGAGCCUGGGCUACCCCAGGCAGUGGCACGACUGCAUGGAACGCGGGCUCGAUAUCAACGAUUUGCUCCGUGAGCUACUGCCCGGGCCGAAGACACCACCCGUCGAGGAGCGCCGCACGAUCUGGAGGCAGUUUGGAUAAGAGUGGCUGCGUGGCUGAGUCGUGCAUGUGUUGCGGGCACAGGGCAUGAAAUGCUACCACGCCCCGAUACCCGAGAUAUCAUAUCAUCCAUGCCAUGCGCCUGGGUCUGCAGGUACGUCCCAAUCCUUCAGCGGCUUGGCAUAUCCACCCGUCACAUGUCUUCAUAUAUCAACAAGUCGG